AUGAUUCAUGUACGUAUCGAUAAUCAUCAUUCAACUGCUGUUGAUAUUUAUGUUAAUAUUUCUCCAACAAAUAUCAUAACUUCAUCUUCUCCAAUUCCUUCAAGUGAUUAUCAUAAUAAUGAACAUAUAUAUGAUCGUUUAUUUGAUACAAAAAAUUUUACUCCACGACAAUCUAAAAUUAUUAAAAAUCGAAUAGAUUAUGUUCGUCCUGUAAAUAAAAAGAAUUAUACUCUUCAACAAAUACUUGAUAAUGUUGAAACAAUACAAAAACAAUAUGAAAAAGUUGUUAAUAAUCGAACAAAAUCAUCAUCAUCAUCAUCAUGUUUUUUUACAUUUAAACAGAUAACAAAAGUAUUAAAAAGUUUACGAACAAUAAAAACAAAAACAAAUGAUGAAAUAUAUGAAAAUAAUUAUUUAGAAAAUAAAUCUCCAUUUGUUUUUGGUGGUGAAACAUUACAAUGGAUUGCUUUACCUCAAGAUGAUAAUCAUAUUUAUGAAAAUGAAUUUAUACCAUAG